GGCCUGCAGCAGCGGGACGCGAAGCAGCGCUCCCAGGCCGAAUCCCUGGCCCAAUCCCUCCAGGACGCCGCCACAGAGCUCGCCUGCUUCAGGGGCCUGCAGGCGCGGGAGCUCGCCGCAGCCCCCGCCCGCGCGGCCGCCGCGCGCGCGCUGGUCGCGGCGCAGCGGGCGCGCGAGGGGGAGCUGCAGGGGCGCUACAGGGGGCUGGCCGCGGCGCGGGACGACCUGCUGGAGCGGCUGAGGGGCGCCGCGCGCGCGGAGCGGGCGCAGGGGCAGCAGCAGGCGCAGCAGCGGCGGGCGGCGGCGGCGGCGGCGGUCGGGUGA